AUUGGAGAUGUUGAUUAUCCUGCUUACCUGAGUCGUUGAUUGUGAUGAUAAUAAGUGUUGUCGUGAUUAUCAGAUGAUAAUCAUAAAUGAAGCCAAGAAUCAGUUCGAUGAAAUAAAUUAUCUUCAUCAUCACUUUUUAUCACGGGAGGAGUUUAACUUUUAUUUUCUGGUUAAAUUUUCGGUUUAAUGAAAAAUUUAUCAUCAGAGUCUAUGGAAUGAGAGAGAGAGAGAGAGAGACACUAUUUAGACAGAGAUGAAGACAAAGAAGAUGAUGACGAUGAUGAAAAGAGAGAGAGAGAAAGAAGGCGUCAAAGGGAGAGACCAAAAGAGAGAGAAAGAGAGGGAGAAAGAGAGAGUGAGAGUGAGAUGGUGAUGAGGAAUAUUGAGUUCUCCUUUUUUUCUCUGUCUUUUUUUACCAUUAUCAUCAUCAUCAGCAGAUGAAGAAGAAAUUAGAAGACAAGAGAAGAGAGAAGAGAAAGAAAGAAAGAAAGAAAGAAAGAAAGAGAGAGAGAGAGAGAGAGAGAUGGUGAUGAUGAGGAUGAGGAUGACGAUGACGAUGAGAAGACAAGGUUCGAAUGUUUUAUGAACAAAGAAAACAUUUGAAGAGAAAAAAAAAUAAUAGAAAAUCAAAGAAGAGUAACAAUUAACAUUAUCAUCAAUGUCCUCCAAAGGAUCAUCAUCACAAUCAACUUAAUCAUCUUCAUCUUGGAUAAUCACAAUUAAAUCAGUCUAAUUGUUGUCCGUCAAUUUAAGUUUUUCACUUAUUUUUUUUUUUGCUUCAAGUUUUUCAUCAUAAUUGUUUCAUCACUCAAUCAACAAUCAUGUUUACAACAAUUAAAUUAAUUCCGUGAUAUUUGUUGUGAUUUUUUUUCCAACUUAUAAAAACUAAAUUCUUUACAAUCAACUAAUCAUUGUGAGUUUUCAAUUCAAAUGUAAAACAAAAAUUUAUCAGAGACAAGGAUGUGAUUUAAUUAUCAACUUAAUUGUGGUCAAUCCUCCACGUUGAUUUAAUUUAAAAAGUUUAACAAAUAAUUGAAUUAGUUUCGUUUUUGUAUUAAUUCAAUCAACAUAAUACAAUUUACAAAUAAUUAGUGGAUUAACAAAUUGUUAAUUUUCAUCAUAAAAUCCAAAUCAUCAUCAAUAUAAAUUUCAUCUUAAUUAUUUCAAAAUGAUUCCAAAGGCAAUUUCAAUGGACCUUCGGCAAUUAUUUUGCCUUCUACUUUUCUUUAUACUCUAUGUGGUAAUUGGAGGAACCGUUUUCAUGAUUCUGGAAUCAGCUCAGUCCGAAUCAGAUAAAGAACGGGAAAGAGACACACUACUUCAAAUUAAAGAUAUUUUAAUAGACAUGAAUUUAACUAAUGAAUUAAAUGACGAGCGACGUAAUAACAUGUUGAACAUUAUCGGUGAACGUGAAUCGGCCCUCGAUCCAGAAUAUUCAAUGAGAUGGGGUUUUUUCAAUUCCUUUUUCUUUGCGAUAACUGUGGUCACUACGGUGGGCUAUGGUCAUUUGUCACCUUCGACCCCAGCGGGUCGUAUAUUUUGUAUUAUCUAUGCAUUAUUUGGCAUUCCAAUGACCGGUAUAUUAUUAGGUGCUAUCGGUGAUCGUUUUAGUCGAUGUUUUCUUAAUAAGAUGAGUCGAAUUAGGAAGGAUCCUCAUCGUGUUUUCUCUCAUAAACUUUUAGUUCUUCGUCAUGCAUUGCUCUUCUUUCUUCCAUGGUUCAUCGUAUUCCUCAUUAUUCCCGCCUUUCUAUUUCAAAUUAUCGAGAACUGGACUUUCCUCGAAAGUUUCUACUACUGUUUUGUUACACUUUCAACCAUUGGAUUUGGCGAUUUGGUUCCAGGUCAAUUUUAUCAAAAGUGGGUUUGGAUUUAUAAGAUCGCAGCGGUUUGUUGGAUCAUCUUUGGCCUCGCUUAUCUGUCGAUGAUUCUCAAUUUUAUCAGUAAAGGAUUUCGAAGUCAACAUUUAUCCAAUGUAGUCCAUUCAAUUAGACGAAUCUCUGUUCCACCCAAGAGAAUCCAUUUAUCUAAUUCACCGAAACCUCGAUUCGGAAAUGGUUCAGCACCAACAUCUCCCUCUUCACCUGAUUUCAGGUCGACAACUCCACAGUUUUUAGUUCCAUGUGAUACCAAACAACCACAAUUAACUAAUUUAGUUAAUAUUACAUUGGAUGAAACGAAAAAGACUUACAUUUAACAAUCAAUUAAACUAUCGAUACCAAUAGAUUACAAUAAUAAUGAUAAUAACAAUAAUAAUUAACUGUAAACAAUUUACUAUUGUGCCAACAAUUGAUAUCUCACAAUGGUCAAUGGUCAAUGGAUACAAUUAAGGAUCAUUUUGAUUGUAGAUAUUUUAAUUUGAUUGUUAGAUGAUCUUUUGUGAUACAAACAAACAAACAAAAAGUGCCAAAAACUGUUGGACUAAAUCAGUAAAUGGUUUGAUAAAUUGUCCAACAAUCAACUAAAUGCUGAUUUCAUCAAUUCCAAAAAUAUAAUAAUAAUAAUUUUUAAUUGUCAACCAUUUCAUCGUAAACAAAAUCAUCAUCAAUUGAUCAUUCAACAGUUAAUUGAUUGAUCUUUUUGGAUUGUUGAACAUAUAGAAUCACAAUUGUGCCGUUAAUUGUGAUCAUCAAAAAUGUGAUUUAUCAAUUUUUUAUUUCUACAUCAGGCCAAUUUAAUUGCCAUAAUUAACUAUCUUCUAAUUGAAUCUCUUAUAUAUAUGAUUUAAUUAAUCAACUGUUUCUAGUCAAAGUCAUUGUUUUGAUUUCGUUGUGUUUUCCUUGUUAUUAUCAACAAAAUUUACCAAAGAAAAAGUAACAAUUAACAAAUGAACAACAAUUGUAUUACAAUUAAAUUAAUCAGAAAGAACAAGUGAGAAUCAUCAAAUUGUUACAAUUAACCAACAAUUACAAAUACUCACUAAAUGAAGAAAAAAAAUGUUCCUUUGCUGUUCAAUGAAAAGUAAUUGUAAUUAACAAGCAACAAUUUAAAUUCCGUCAGCUGAUUUAAUUCAUAUUCACAUUUGAUUCAAUCCCAAAAUCCUUUAAUUAUUAUUACAAUUAUUACUAUUGAUUAUUAUUAAUACCGCAACAAUUAUUAUCUAAAUCAAUGAUGUUUUAAUCAUUACAACGAUUAAUAUUUUAUUUACAUAAAAAACAACGAAACAAUUAACAAUUAAUCAAAAUUAAAAGUUUUUUUUUUCCAAGACAAAAUCAUCGCAAUCAAAACUAUUUUCAUCAAAUAAACUACACAAUUAACUUAAUCAUCGUGAUUGUGAUCGUGUUGAUUGUUGUUAUGAUAUUUUUUUACUCUAUGCUAUUUACUUAAUUGUUGUUGAUGAUUAGGGUUGGCUUAAAGUGAGAAACAGUAGUCAAAUUG